UAGUCGAGCUCGCGCGAACGCACAACGCCUGUGACGUUUACUUUUUAGUUGUGCCUACAGUCUGUCAGAACUGUGUUUUAUUUGUGUUAAUUAAUGUUAUCUUUCGCUUUUGCGUCUAAAUAUCCAGUCAGUUUAAGUGAAACCGUCUGGGUGGAGAGAAUGGUUUUUGUAACGAACGCUACUCCGUGUUGACAUACCGUGUGAUAAAAAUAACACUAACGUCAUUAAAUGCAAAAUAACUCAAUAAUAGUUAAUUAGUUCUCCAUACAAUUACAGUACAUGACUAAAAUGUGAUACAACAAUCAUAAGACUGAAAAUAGGUUGUUAUUAAUCGAUCGGCUGCUAAGAAAAUGAGUGACACUGAAGACAAUGAAUUGGACCCUCGAAUACAAGUCGAACUGGAAAAGCUGAACACUACAACUGAUGAAAUCAACAGAUUAGAAAUAGAAUACGAUGAAGCUAAUACUACAUUCCGCAUGCUGCUAAAUGAAUCAACGAGAAGGUUGAAAGUUCUCUCCAAAAAGCUAGGCAGCUGCAUUGAACGCGCAAGGCCUUACUACGAAGCGUUGGAAAUAGCGAAAAAAGCACAACAAGAAUGCCAGAAAGCAGCUGUACAGUUUCAAAGAGCCAACGAAAUUCAUGCAGCAGCAAAAGAAACGGUAGCUUUAGCUGAACAGAGAUUUCUUAGUAAUCAACAUGAAUGGCAGUUCGAUAAUGCCUGGCAAGAGAUGCUCAAUCAUGCCACUAUUAAGGUUAUGGAAGCCGAGAAUCAAAAAGCCGAAAGCGGUCGCGAGCACCAGCGGCGCGCGACAAUUUUCAAAACAGCCGAAGACUGCGUGAAACAGCUCGAAAGCCGCCUCCAGAAAUCCAUCAUUAAAUCUCGACCGUACUUCGACGAGAAGUCGCUCUGUCAAAGUCAACUCAACACCCAAAAGGACCGAAUCGAGACAAUAAAACGCGACAUCGUCAAAGCCAAAACUUCCUAUUCGCAAACGCUCAAACAACUAGAACAGAUAUCGAACGAAAUCCACAUGAAAAGAGGAAGCAUCACCGAGGAACUGCUUCGAGGACCCAGGGAGCCGGGCGUCGGAGCGGAACUAGUGCCAUCUCACGAAGAACUAACGAACAAACAUUCUACACUGCCAGACUUCAAUUUAGAGUUGGAUAAAUGCGAACUGAGGAGUUGUGGUUCGAUGAGUGGUACGAAUUCUUCGGCCGUGAGCGAGAAGGACGAGAGGGAGAAUCUCUACGAGGAUUUGGACGAUUUGAAGGUUAAAUUUAAGGAGUUGGCUGUGAGACCGGUCAACGGAGGCGAAGGCGAGAGCAUGGACGGUGUGUGGGAGUCCGAGUUGAAGAACACGGUGGAAAAAAUGGACCACAUGAUGUUGUUACAAGAGUGUGCGCAAGAGUUGGAUGACUACAAAUCGGGGAUCAGAGAUAGCGAAGAUUGUUCGAGUGUGAAGCAGGUUUCUUAAGUGUCUAUUGAAUUUGCUGUUACUAAUCGUAGAUCAGCGGUAGAAUGUAGAUUACAACGAGACUGGCGAACUACGUCCGAUUGUUUUUUUUUCCAAGGACUUUGAACAAUGAAAUUUCAGUAUUGCGUUAGUUACCUCAUUUUAACACUGGAGUUUCGUUAGGGUUACUAAUUUUUAUACUAAAUCAAACUGAUUGUAGAGGAUAUUGUCGGCAGUUGCCUAAUUUUUGCGCGGCUCGUGCUGCAGAAAUUUCUGAUAUUUUAACACUGUGUGAUAAUCAAUUUGAAUCUUUGUUAGUUAUUUGGAGCAUGGGCGUGGCAAGAAUUUUUAAAUUUUGUGUGUAAGAGAUGUAUAUGUUGUUACUAAUGAGAGCUGAUUUAAUAAAAAAAUUCUGUGAA